AUGGACUUUAGCGCAUGGGCAGAGAACAACAAAGCGCUAUGGGCGCGUGUCUAUGAUGAGGUCAUCGCGCCAGAUCUGGAGAAGGAGUGGAAGAAGCGUACGCGUCCUUGGUUCACGUCGAAUAAUCGAGACCUAAUUUCUGCAGGGAUUGAAAUUCAUGAUGCCGAGUCAAAGAAGAAAGAUGAUAGACUCCGAUAUCUCGACAAUCAUAUUAGCAACGGCGUGGUUGAGAAGGCCCAACUGGUAGAAGAGAAUGCGCGACUCAAGACUCUACUGCGAAAAACUCGCGGCAACACCCUGUCAGCGGAAGAGUUGGCUACUAGCACGGAGGACACCACAAUUCCGGUCGGAGAGUAUCGCCAGGUCACUGAGAAGCUUGACGAGCUAAACAAGCGAUACCAUGAUGCAGUCCAAAGGAUUAAGUAUCUAGAGCGAAAGAACGUAUCCGUCAUGCAGAAGAACAAAGAGAUGAAGGACAGUGUGAAAGCCUGGCAAGAGUAUUGCGACCGACACAUCGAGAAGAAGAAGGCGAAGUCAGAGCCGAAAGCUCCAAAAGUACAACCGAAGAGUAAUCUUGCGAUAGAAACUCCAGCACCAUUGCCACAUAUCCCAUCAAGCCCAGGAGCAGCCGUUAUGAGUACACCGCAAUCACUCAUGCCUCAAGAUCGUUCCUCUCCGGCCCCAAUGAUUGAUCCCUCGGAUGCCACGGUCCCACCGCCUCCACUUACGAUACCCGGUGGACGUUCGUCUCCCUUACCUCCCGUGGCAACGGGCCAUGCAGACGCCAUCUCAGGCCCGAAGAAUAACAGAGCCACAUUUUUAGGCCAGCUUAACUCAGAAAAGAUUACUUCGAGCCAAACUACAGUUCCCGAAGUUUCGGAGCCGGAGGAUGGGAUGACUCCUCGAGCGAAUGCCCCGAUGGAUGACGACGAACCUGAAAUUGUGUCCGAACGCUCGCUCAAACGCAAGCGAAAGCCGUCGACAGGAGCAAACGAAGCCACGCCUGAUAAGCGCGUGAGGAGAGAGGAAGCACGAAAGGAAGCCGAGUUCAAUAUCCUUGCAGAAUUAGGAGAAGAACCGCCGCCUUCUAACGAACGGAAGAAGCGACUCCCACCGAACCUGGCACGGGCACACUUCAAUGAGCGCAUAAGAGCUGCUAAGAGCGGCCCAUUUCCCAUGAAGACCACGCUCACAACGCCCAAGACGGCACCAGCAAAAACACCGGCUGCACACGUACCCACACCACCAUCCACCUCAAACCAUCCCGCCCACACCCCUUCCGCUCGACCAGCCCGACGUGGCGCCCUCGAAGCCGCCCCACGCCCCGAACUCGUCCCAGACGGCCGGCCCGUUUGGCGCAUGUCCGCCCUCGAAGCCCGCAAAACCCCAAACGCCUCCAUCUCCAAGCCUUCCACUCCGCGCACCCGCCUCCGCGACAAAGCUCUCUCCGAGCUCCGCCUCCAAGACUUCAAGCCCAACCCGGCGUACAACGGUGGCUAUACGCACGCCUUCACCGACACCGUCCGCCGCCGCGAAGACCGCCUCUGCCUCCCCGGCUGCACUAAGCCGUCCUGCUGCGGCUCCACAUUCCGCGCGUUGGCGCUCGCGCUACCACCCCUCUCUUCUUCUCAGGAAGAAGCCUUAUUACAGGACUACCUCGGCGACGCAUACUCGUCCUUUGGGCUCACGCAGAUGGACGCUGCCGAGCGCGAGGAGAUUGUCACGCAGGCGCGCACGCGGCAGAUGGCCAAGGAGCACGGGAAGCAUAGGAGGACGUAUGAGGGCAGGAAGACGCCGCCGGGGUUUUGGCGCGUGGAUUUUCCGAGUACGCAGGAGGAGAGGGAGGAUCGGGAGAAGGCGGUGCAGAUGGGGUUGGUAGAGGUGAGGGAGAGGUAUUUGGAGGCGAUGAGGAGGGGUGGGAGGUUUGUGUUUGCGGAUGAGUAA